AUGAAAGUCCAAACUGAUCAGCGAGUAGGGCUCCUCUUCUGGGCCUUACUCUGUGCCCUGACGCAGGCAUGCCCACUUUCUUCCUCUUCAGAUUCCAUGCUCACGCUUGAGACUCGGUCACCAUUCCAGAGUUAUUCUCCUCGUGCUAUUAACUCACGUGCUGGAACUGACUCCUGUAAACUCAAACCGACAUCAGCCGAUCUCAGCGAGGGCCUCGGUGCGACAGGUCAAUCUUUUGCCCCAAGCACAGGCACCCUCAACGCCUAUAUGAUUUUCGUUGACUUCCCUGAUGCACCAGCCCCAGAUGCUACUGACGAGUUACAUCAGCUCUUCGUUCCUGGUGCACCAGACUGGUACAGGAACUCCUCCUUUGGUCAACUCAGUCUCAAUAUCACUGCCGACACUUCCCGCUUCUACCGCAUGCCCAACCCGUCCACCUCCUAUCCAUAUGACCGGGGCAUCACCGCAGAGCUCCAAGAACAGUACAUCCAAGACGCACUCGACUCAGUCGGCCAAGCCAUUGACUUCAGCGGCACUCAUGUUCUCUAUAUCGUCCCGACAAAGGCAGCCAAGCAUAUCUCGUUCUCGCCUACCUACAUGGGUGAUCUCACUGCGGGUGAUGGAACUGUGAUCAGUAAAACUGUCACCUUCGGCCAGGACGCUCCCGACUCAUGGGGAUUUCUAGUCAUGAAUCACGAGACCGGACACACUAUGGGACUGCCGGAUUUGUACCCCUCGGACGACUCCAGUACCACUCUGUAUGUUGGCGGUCAUGAUAUUAUGGGCUUAAUCAGUGGUGGGCUUCCGGAUUACUUUGCAUGGCAUAAGUGGAAACUAGGAUGGUUUUCCGACGAGCAAUUUGAUUGUGUGGAUGGUGCUGGAUCGACAACUCACACCAUUACUCCUGUCGGAACCAAGGAUGGCGUUAAGGCAGUCGUCGUGAAACGGGAUGAAACUACUGCUAUUAUCGCUGAGGUGAGGGCUAAGGAGGGCGCGGAUAUCAAGGCUUGCAGUACAGGAGUCCUUGUCUACACGGUGUCAACGUCCACUGCGUCCGGUCAAGGCCCAAUUCGCGUUCACGAUGCGACCCCGAAUUCUGGCGGAUGUGAUGGGGAGGAAUUGAAUGAUGCCCAUUUCACAACUGAGGCAGGCCGGGAAGUCUUCGUUUCAGAUGAUGGAGUCAAAAUCACUGUGGUUUCUCAGAAUGGGAGUGAUUAUACCGUCCAAGUUGAGGUCAUUUGA